GGUGACAAAAAUAUAAACACUAAUUAGACUAACAAGAAGCUAUUCAAAGGUCAACCAAACACACACACGACACUGCCAACACCCUACGUAUUACACGUACACACACCCACACGACACUGUCUAAUCCCUACAAAGCACGCACAUACACAUACAAUACACAAUACACAAUGACUGAAGAGAACACCGACACCCAAAUGGUCAAGCUAUGCAGCUCGGACGACCGCGAAUUCGAAGUGGAGGCCAAGGUCGCUAAGAUGUCUGUGACUAUUAGGAAUAUGCUGGAAGAUCUUGGACUCGAUAACGACGAGGUACCGAACAUUCCUUUGCCAAAUGUAAACUCGCAAAUCCUGGAGAUGGUCAUUAACUACUGCAAGCACCACAAGGACGAUGUGGUGCUGGCUACAGACGACGAGACCACUCGCGAACGCGCACUAGAAGACAUCGAUCCAUGGGACCAGAAGUUUGUGGGCGCAGAUCAGGGCACUCUCUUUGAGCUGAUCCUGGCAGCCAACUACCUCGACAUCAAGUCUCUGCUGGACCUCACCUGCAAGACUGUGGCAAAUAUGAUUAAGGGCAAAGAUGCCGAAGAGAUUCGCAAGACGUUCAACAUACAAAACGACUUUACGAAAGAGGAGGAGGAGCAAGUGCGCAAGGAGAACGAAUGGUGCGAAGAGAAGUAACUCUGCGAAAACAAACAAGCGGCUGUGAAGUCUGUUGCCACUCAUGUGGAUGGUGUCACCACUCCCGCCGACCUCCUAGGGCCCACAUUGUACAUGUAAUUUAGUAUAAAUACCCUCGCACAUGUACCAGCCCCCACACACGUGUAUGUUUAUGCACACGUACACGUGCACACACACACGCGCCCCUCGCUGAUGAUCCAGCGGCGCGCGUAAUAUAUUGAUUUAAUGCUUUGUAUAUAACACGAGAUCGGCGAGUUGGAAUAGGAAUGUCGGCGAAUGCAAUUAAACACAACUUUGCCCUUGUGAUGAUUGAUAUUCUGUGCAUAAAAUCAUUGGGUGUCAUUACGAGACAGGCAGCGG